CUGCCGUCGGGCGACUUUGGAAAAAGGCUCUGUUGUGACUACCAAAGUUGGUUGGAGGACGCGUAAACAAGUGGAACAAGUGUUACUACCUUUGUGGCUGCACAGAAGCAAACAAAACGUAGAAGUGAAUCUCGUUGUUCACAACCAUACGCAAAAUGGCCGCGACAAACUCGAUCAACGUAGCUGUCACUGGUAACGCAGAAUUCGCGCAAUUCGACUGGAACACGUCCUGGUCUGUCUUGGAGGCUCUACCAGAGGUGGUUAACCGGCCGGGAAAGAGGGACAUACACAUUUGGAAAUACUCUCGCGUCACCCGGGACACUUACGACGACGUCAGGCGCGUCUCCAGAGAAAUCUGGGACGGGAAACGAUCUGUUUUCCUGUCCGACUCGCAGACGGAUGAGGAAGAUAGCAAGGAUGUACCGAUUCAUGUCUCAGACGACGCAGGGCUUUACUUUUGCGAAUUUCGACUGUACUCAUCAUUGGCAGAAACCCUCCUACAAGAAUGCUACUCAGGAAAGAGGGGUCAUGUGGCUUUUCAGCAUCUACCACAGUACAAUAGUCCCGAGGCCAUUGAUCUGGCCCGAAAUAUCGCGGUUGCCUACAUUUCUGCUUUGGCCGAUGAUCGUCUCUUGGACGGUGCCUAGACGAGCUCUUUUGAAAGAAAGGUCCCGCUAAUAAGCAUCUGCUUCGGGUACUUGAAGGCCUCCAGAAUACCCUAUCACAAGGUGACAAAUCCUUUUUGUCGGGAAGGUUUCGCAGUAGCUAUUGUUGCGUAUAGACGCCUCGGUAGUGGUGAGCAUUACAGGCACCACCUGUAAUUAGUGAAUAGGUAGGAUAGAAAGAUAUAGGGUUAGGGUUAAUAUGCUUCUAG